AUGAAAGUAGAGGAGUUGAUGGGUUCACUACGAACUUUUGAACUAAAUCAACAAAUCCGUCAAAAGGGAAAACCAAAUGCUCUCAAAGAGAAAUCAGUUGCUCUCAAAUCAUCAAAGAAGAAAGACUCAGAUGAAAAUGAUGGAGAAGAUGAGAUGGCCUUGUUGACCAAAAAUUUUCAAAAGUACAUUAAAAAAAUUGGAAAUAAGAAGCCUACAUUCAAAUCUUCCAAAGGUAACCACUUCUCUAAACAUUUUGAUAAUAGCAAUAAAAGAGGUAUACAAUGGAGGGAAUGUGAAGGAUUUGGUCAUAUUCAAUCUGAAUGUGCCAAUACACUGAAGAAGAACAAAAAGGUAAUGGUAGCUACUUGGAGUGAUCAUGACUCUGAAAGUAACGAUGAAGAAGAUAACUCAAACCUUGUCUUAACUUCUGUUGUUUCUGGAUUAACUUUAAAUUCACAAGUUAAAAAAAGGUUUGUUUGUCUGAACAACACAGUUCAUGAACAAAAUUCUGAAUGUGAAUGCAGUGAAUCCGAUCUGGAUGAGGAUUCUUUGAAAGAGUCGUACAAAGACAUGAACGAUCAGUGGUUAAAAGUAUGUUCUGACAAUCGCUUAAUGGUAAGCAAUAACAAAUCUUUACAAAAAAGGAAUAAUGAACUUGAAAAUACUGUAAAGAAUCUUGAGAAGAAAGUUAUUGCUAAAGACUGUGAAAUUAAGCGAUUAUCAAAUGAAAUUAAUCACAUGGUUAAAGGUGUAAAAAUGCUUAAUCCAAAUUCUAGGAUUUUGGAUGAUGUAAUUGUUGCAGGUCAACAAGCAAUAACAUCUCCGUUGACUGAUGCUACAAAACUACAGUCUGUUCCAAUAGAUCUUACACAGACCGAGGUUCUCAGAAGCAAUAAAAGUGGGCAUUUUGUUCCCAUUUGUCAUUUCUGUGGAGUGAGAGGGCACAUUCGGCCUAGAUGUGAUAUAAGUAUACUCACUCAUUUCAAAUCUUCGAAAUGUGGUGCUGUAACUUUUGGUGAUGGUAUAGCUGGAAAUAUUGUUGGAAAAGGUACCCUAAAUCUUGAUGGGUUACCGAAAUUGAGAAAUUUUUUUCUUGUAGAAGGAAUUAAGGCUAAUUUGAUUAGCAUAAGUCAAAUCUGUGACCAAGGCUUCACGAUAAAUUUUUCUCAUGAUUAUUGCAAUGUUGUUGAUCAAACUGGUACUAGCAAAACUCCAUAUGAAAUUUGGAAAGUGAAGAAGAAAUUGUCAGUUUCAGAAACAGUUGUAACAGAAACCGAAUCUGUUGCAACAACCUCUGGACAAACAGUGAAGGAGGAUCCAGAAAUGAUCACAGAUUCAAUUCAGAGGAAAGCUUAUGCUAGAGUUAAAAAGAAUCACCUUACUAACCUUAUUCUUGGUAACAUUGAGGAUAGUAUGGUCACAAGAAGAAGGUAUGUGAAUCUUGUUCAAUUUGUGUAUUUUACUUCAUCAUUUGAGCCUAAAAAUGUGAAAGAGGCUUUGUGUGAUGAAUCCAAGAUUGAAGCAAUGCAAGAAGAGUUGGAAUAA